AUGAAGGGUAGUGUUCGGGUCAGGCUCACGUCGGCGGCGUACUCGUCGCGCCUCGAACAGCGCACCUUGCGGCAUGCCUCCUGGACGACAGUCCCGAAAUCGUCUAGACCAGAUCGCGGCUCGCAGACGUCGAAUGGUCCUGCCGUCGGCCUCUCCGCCUUCCCUUCCUCUUCCACCUCUCGCCGCCUUUCCCUGCCCAGCCGCACAUCCCUCGCCUUCCUCUCCUCCGUCCCUCGCUCGCUGCACACAUUAGCACUCGUCGCCCAAUCCGCCCAUUCGCCUAAGCCUGAGCCUCCAUCUGUCCCAUCCUCAUCCAAUGAUCAGAGCAAACGAGCGAUAACCGUCAAUCCCAAAGGUUCGCGCGGCAAGUCACGCUCUGAAUCGACACGCCCGCCGUCUCGACAGAUCUCGCAACCGGCGCCGACAGGGCCGCCCCGCUCGCAGCGUACGGACACAUCGGGAGAGUCAGCCGCUUCGGCCGUGGACUUUGACGCGCAGUAUCGCGCGCGACGGCGAGAGCGCGCGAUUCAGGGGCUGGAUACGCGGCAAGUUCAGGCCUACGACGAGAUCGACGAGGCGCUCAAGGGGGGCGACAUCUCGGUUCUCGAACGAGCCGUGCAGCAGUACCAGGCGGACCCGUCCAAAUGGUCGACGCCGGCGCACGAAUGGGCUAUGCUCUCGCUCGCUCGCCUGCGCAGGCCUCUGCAGCCCGUCGACUCAAUCAUCCAUCUGCACGCCGACUUCGCCAACUCGGACCGACUCGCUCCAAGCCGUACGGCGCACGAGGUCGUCAUCGAGGCGCUCUGCGCACGCGACCGCGAGCACCUCCGACAGAUCAGGUGGCUCGAAGCGAGGGGCGCUAGGCGGCCACACAUUGCUGCGGCUCGCGGCCCGUGGAGGCAUGCCGUGAGCUCUUCUGAAGAAGACGUCUUCAGCCGGAACGAGCGCGACGCUCUCGCUCAGCUGCACCAGCGCAACUUCUUUCAGCAGGCGCUCUUCUACUACGCCGAGCUCGGCGCCGCGGCCGAGGACCUCUCCCUUUCCGUCCAUGAAGCGCUGAUCGAGGGCGCAGCCGCUCGAGGCGAACUCGAGGGCACGCUUUCGCUGUUCGGGCGUCUCGAGGAGCAUCGACGAUACCGACCCGGAUGGCGCUCGCACGUUGCCUUGAUCCACCUGUACGCCAAGCAGGAGAACAGCGCCGACCUGAUCAAGGACAUUUUCGAGUCGUACCUGAAAGGUCGCGCGAACGGCGACAUCAAAGCUCCUGCCCGCGAAUACUUCCGCCGCACCUGGCUUCCGCCGAAGCCGAUCCGCCACAACAGCAGCACCGAACCCGUCUUCAGACCAGAGUCGCUCAUGUACAUCAACAACGGCGACGAGGAGGUGUGGGGGGAAACCGUACGAGAAGCCGAGAUAGGCGACAUGGCCGGCGCCGUCGCCAUCGUCGAGAAGCUCAUCGAGGCGCGGCGUUCGAAGCAGCGAGCGCCGGUCGGCUAUCCCAAGCUCAUCGCGCCAGAAACUUGGGGCACGCUCGCAGCCACGUUCGCCGUACAGGGCGACCAUGCGAGCGCCAUCGCCUGGUUCGACAGGCUCGUUUCGGGGACGGCCCCAGCUGUGUUCGACCCGCGAGGCCGGCUUUCGGUCGCUGCUCUCCUGACCGCCCUGCGUUCCAACGACGUCGCCUUCGUCAAUCACGUCUACCGCCACAUGCUCGCGCAAUCGCAUAAAGCACCGCUUUCGAGCGCGCAGCUCGCGCGAGUGAUCGACUUCAACCUCGCCCAUGCGGCCAAGGCGGACGACCCUGUGGAGCGGAACGCCCUCUUCGACACAGUACUCGAGUUCCGUCGCGCCUUCAGGCAAGGGGUCAAGGACGGCCACGAGGAUGGCGUCGGGAUCGCGAACGACCGCUCGACCGGUUUCCUUGGCCGCAUGGCCUCCGCGUUCGGGUCUUUCGGCCGCUUCGAGGAGGCUACCUCAACGUUCGUCGCUCUUGCGAAAAUCGUGCGCCGAGUUAUGACGUCCAGCACGACCAUGGGUGGUCCGGAACCCGUAGCCUGGACGCGCACCGCUCGCAAGUGGGCGUUUGCGCUGACGGACGAUGCGUCGGGCAGUCUGGGCUUCGUUCCGCUUGCCAAGCACGACACGAAAGACAAGACCAUUCAUGGCCUCACGCGUCUCGUCUCAGAGCGUCCGUCUUUGCGACAAGCGGUCACCGUUGUGGGCUUGACGAGCCAGAUCCGCACUCUGGGUGGACUCGCACCGGUCGCCGAUCACGUCCUCACGGUGGCCGAGGCGUACAGCGCAGCGCGAGCGAGUAUCGAUCGCGAGGCCCAGCUGGGUCAGCUCAGCGGAGCUGACUGGCGCGUCGUGCUUGAGUGCGCGGCGUAUACCGCCGCUUUCCUCGGACGGGGCAUCGUCGUCGACUUCUCUUUCCCCGGUUUCGACGCGGUUUUCGACGACUUCCUCGCCAGCGGCGUCCACCUGCCUCGAUCCGGCUCGCUCGACUUUGACGCCUUCACGGAAGCGCUUACGAUCGCAGGCGUGUCCGAAUCUCGCAUCAAUCAGAUCGCGAGCGUCUUGCAGCAGAAGAUUGCCGAGGACCCGGUUGAAGGCGUAAAGAGGCCGCAGUCGCCGCCGUCAAGCAAGACGCCGAAACGCAAGGUCGGCGAGGCGACGCCCGCUAGCCUAGCCAACGACGCGGAUGGACACAGCGAUCAGGGUUCCGCCACUACUGGAGCGGCACCGUCUGCCGAGACGUACGAGGCGAAGAUCGCCAAAGUCGACGUGACCGACGGCGACGCCCGGACCGCGGUAACGCUGUUCGAGGAAGGCCUUCGACUCGGGGUCCGCCCGACCGCCUCGCUCUUCAACACGCUGCUCUCGAAGCUCGCGAAGGCUCGGCAGGCCAAGCAAGCCUUUGACUACUUCGAGCUCAUGAAGCAGUACGAGGUCCGCCCGACCCCGCUCACGUACGGCAUCGUCAUCAACAUGUGCUGCAACGUUGGCGACGACUCGACUGCGACGUUCCUCUUCAAGGACAUGUGCGCCUUGCCCGGCUUCGAACCGCGCGCCCCGCCCUACAACACCAUGAUGCAGUUCUACACCCGCACGAAGCCCGACCGCGAACGCGCCUUCUUCUGCUGGCAACGGCUCCAACAGGACAAGGUGCAGCCAACUGCCGAGACCUACCAGUGUCUCCUCGACGCCUACGGCACGAUCGCGCCGCCGCUCCUCGACCAGACACAGCGGAUCUUUGCCCAACUCGUCGAAGCGGAGGGCAUCGCGGUCAGCUCUUCGCACUGGGCGUCGCUCAUCCGAGCGUACGGCGUCCUCGGAAAGGACCUCGAACGCGCUCAAGCCAUCUUCGAGUCGAUCAAGGAGCACGCGACGACUCUCAGCAACCCGAAUCGCCGCCUCCCUGACGCCGUCAUCUACGAAGCCAUCCUCGACUCCUGCACCGCCAACAAGCGCUACGACCUCGUCGACGAGUACCUCGUACGCAUGCGCGAAGAAGGCGUCCCGGUCGCCGCGUCUCUCGCCGACUCGCUCUUCAAAGGUUUUAUCGACAACAAGCAAUACGAGCUCGUCGACCGAUACCUCGACCGCAUGCGGAGCGACGGGAUCAACCUGUCCGCCAACGUCGCCGAAGAGCUUCUACGUUCCUGUAUCGCCAGCAAGCGGUUCGACCUGGUCGACUACUACCUCGAACGCAUGCGCAGCGACAAUCUCCGCCUACCAGAUUCUGUUCUCGAACCCCUUCUUUACGCCUGCAUUGUCGGCGAGCGGUCGGAGCUGGUCGGGCAUUACCUUGAGCGAUUGCAUCGAGACGGCGUCAGUAUUCCGGCACGUACAGCCGUGUCGCUCAUAAAAACUUGCACCGAGCAAGGCGCUUUCGAGCACGCUCGUCGAAUCUUCAAAGCUAUUCAAUCGCCGCCCUCCGUCGCGAACGACAAUGCGUCUUCUCACCAGGACGGCAAGCCUGCGUACCGCGACCCAUCGACAUACGAGGCCAUGCUCCGGUGCGAGCUCGCCGCCAACGAGCCGUUUAAGGCUAUCGAGGUCUACAACCGCGCUCAGCAGCGGGAUCUGCCGCCUACUAUCGUGGCUCGCCUGCGUGGCCUGCUCGAGGCGGCCGGCAUCCAGCUCUUGUCGUUGGACUGA